CGUCGACAAUCGACAUUCAGAAAAAAGGCGCCACGCUUCGAGACCGCGACGCGUUUUCGAGAAUCAAGAUGGCGUUUGCCGCGACCCGCGUUGUCGCAUCGCUCCCCGAUCAUCGGCAGCAGAGCGUGUGAGUGACUGUACUAUAGCACGCGCGACCGAAGCCGCGACUACUACCGUCGUCCACUGGGAGACAUCUCGUGCAGCUGCCAACCCAGCCGAAGCUCGAAAAAACAAAAACAAGCUAGUGCACCAGUGCAGCGUCGUCCCCGGGAAGCCUCUAGGUUUAUACGUUACUUCGAGCGCAGCCAAGCGAGCAUCUUGUGCGAGACGCGACUCGAUCGUCCUCGGGAUGUCGAAGGCGGAGGAGAACGCGAGCGACGCCGGCGAUAAUUCUAAUGACUCGUCGGCGGAGACUUCCUCGUCGCGAGGCGGCGGCGACUUCGAGACGAAGCUCGAGACCGACCGCAGCAAGCGUUUCGAUUUCCUGCUCAAGCAGACCGAGAUCUUCUCUCACUUCAUGACCAACAAUGCCAAGGAUAAGACCAGUCCGCUAAAGGUCAAGCCCGGCAGGCCCAGGAAGACACCCGCGCCCAACGAGAAGCUCCAGCCACCCGAGCCCAAGGAAUCCAAGGAGUCCAAAGACGCCAAGGACAAGGAUGCUGCGGAUCACAGACACAGCAAGACCGAGCAGGAGGAGGACGAGGAGCUGCUUGCUGCUGACUCCAAUGUUGUCUUGCCUAUUACCAGGUUUGAAAACUCUCCGCCGUACAUCAAGUCUGGAGAGCUCAGGGACUACCAGAUCAGAGGACUCAACUGGAUGAUUUCGCUCUACGAGAAUGGAAUCAACGGUAUCUUGGCAGAUGAGAUGGGUUUAGGAAAAACAUUGCAAACCAUUUCACUUCUUGGUUACAUGAAGCAUUUUAGAAAUAUAAAUGGACCUCACAUUGUUGUUGUUCCUAAAACAACAUUGGCUAAUUGGAUGAAUGAAUUCAAGAAGUGGUGUCCUAGUUUAAGAACAGUUUUUCUUAUCGGUGACUCAGAUACCAGAAAUGCCUUCAUUAGGGAUGUAAUGUUGCCAGGAGAGUGGGACGUAUGUGUUACAUCUUACGAAAUGGUACUCAGGGAAAAAUGGGUAUUCAAGAAGUUCAACUGGCGUUAUAUGGUGGUUGAUGAAGCUCACAGAUUGAAAAAUGAAAAAUCUAAGCUCUCCGAAAUUUUACGAGAGUGCAAGACAGCCAACAGGCUUUUGUUGACUGGUACUCCGCUUCAGAACAACUUGCACGAGUUGUGGUCGCUGUUGAAUUUCCUACUACCUGACGUCUUCAAUAGCUCUGAAGAUUUUGAUUCUUGGUUCAACACAAACAGUUUCUUGGGAGAUAAUACUCUCAUUGAAAGACUGCACGCUGUACUUCGUCCAUUCUUGCUGCGUAGGUUGAAGUCUGAAGUAGAGAAGGCACUGAAGCCAAAAAAAGAAAUUAAAGUCUAUAUAGGUUUGAGCAAAAUGCAGCGCGAAUGGUAUACAAAAGUUCUCAUGAAAGACAUCGACAUUGUAAACGGUGCUGGUAAGAUUGAGAAGAUGCGACUUCAGAACAUCCUCAUGCAGCUACGUAAAUGCUGUAAUCACCCAUACUUGUUCGAUGGCGCCGAACCUGGACCACCUUACACUACCGAUGAGCAUCUCGUCUACAACUGCGGCAAACUGGUUAUCCUCGACAAAUUGCUACCGAAACUUCAGCAGCAGCAAUCUCGUGUACUUAUUUUCAGUCAGAUGACGCGUAUGCUGGACAUUUUGGAAGAUUACUGCCAUUGGCGUUGCUAUCAAUACUGCCGUUUGGACGGUAACACAGCUCACGAAGAUCGUCAAAGACAGAUCAACGAGUACAAUGCACCAGGAAGUGAGAAGUUCAUUUUUAUGUUGUCUACUCGCGCUGGUGGCUUGGGUAUCAAUUUGGCAACUGCCGACGUCGUCAUCAUUUACGACUCUGACUGGAAUCCUCAGAUGGAUCUUCAGGCUAUGGAUCGUGCUCAUCGUAUUGGUCAGCAAAAGCAGGUGCGCGUCUUCCGUUUCAUCACCGAGAACACAGUAGAAGAAAAAAUCGUCGAGCGUGCUGAAGUAAAACUUCGACUGGACAAGCUCGUUAUCCAACAAGGUCGUCUAAUCGAUGCAAAACAAAACGCUCUCAACAAGGACGAAAUGCUGAACAUCAUUCGUCACGGUGCGAAUGAAGUAUUCGCUUCUAAGGAUAGUGCUAUCACUGACGAAGACAUCGAUACUAUCCUCCAAAAGGGCGAGGAGAAGACUCAGGAGAUGAAGCAGAAACUCGAAAGCCUUGGAGAAUCCUCCCUUCGUAAUUUCACUGUUGACGCUCCUACCGACUCUGUCUAUCAGUUUGAGGGUCAGGAUUACAGAGAGAAGCAGAAAAUCUUGGGUAUUGGCCAUUGGAUCGAACCACCAAAACGUGAGCGUAAAGCAAAUUAUGCCGUAGAUGCCUACUUCCGAGAGGCACUGCGUGUAUCAGAGCCUAAAGCGCCCAAGGCUCCUAGACCACCUAAACAGCCAAUUGUGCAAGACUUCCAGUUCUUCCCGCCUAGGCUUUUUGAGCUUCUUGAUCAGGAGAUUUACUACUUCAGACAAACAGUUGGUUAUAAGGUGCCAAAGAAUCCUGAAUUAGGCUCCGAUGCUGCUAGAAUACAAAAGGAAGAGCAACGUAAGAUCGACGAUGCUCAACCACUUACUGACGAAGAGGUUGCCGAAAAAGAGAAGCUACUCACUCAGGGUUUCACCAAUUGGACCAAACGUGACUUUAAUCAAUUUAUAAAAGCAAACGAAAAAUACGGUAGAGAUGACAUCGAGAAUAUCGCCAAAGAAGUCGAGGGUAAAACACCUGAAGAGGUCAUGGAAUAUUCCGCUGUUUUCUGGGAGCGCUGCCACGAGCUCCAAGACAUCGACCGUGUGAUGGCUCAAAUUGAACGAGGUGAGGCAAAAAUUCAGCGUCGAGCCGGUAUCAAGAAAGCUUUGGAUGCCAAAAUGGCGAGGUACCGUGCACCAUUCCAUCAACUGAGGAUAGCUUAUGGUACUAACAAGGGCAAGAACUAUACAGAGGAGGAAGACCGAUUCCUUGUAUGCAUGCUUCACAAAUUAGGUUUUGACAAAGAGAACGUGUACGAAGAGUUAAGGGCGACGGUGAGAUCUGCACCACAGUUCCGUUUUGACUGGUUCGUAAAAUCACGUACAGCCUUGGAACUCCAGCGAAGAUGUAAUACACUGAUUACGUUGAUCGAAAGGGAGAACCAAGAAUUAGAGGAACGAGAGAGGCAAGAAAGAAAAAAGAAGGGUGGUGGAAACACGAGUACGAAGCCGACGUCGAAACGUAAGGUUGAAAGUCUGCCGGCUCCCCAGCCCAGAAAGAAAAAGAAGUAGAGUGUGCGGCGACUGAAGUAUUUCGAAUAAUCUUAAGUCAUAAUUGAGUGAGUGAUACCGUGAAGUGCGACAGAAUGUGUCUUUUUGACGGAUGCGGGAAAACUUCUUUUAGACUUUGAAAUAGAACCUUUGUGGUAAUAUUAAAUUCGUGUUUUCGUUUAAAGCUUUUAUUCCAUGUAAAUUACUUAAGUAAUAUGACACGCGUGAGUUGUGUUGUAAUAAAGAACUUGAAGGGGAUAGGAAAUAUUUAAAUUUCUCUAAUACUUUAAUUGAAAUUUGAAUUCACUGUAAGUUUACAUUUUAUUGUAAGAUCACAUUCUCAUUGCAAUAUGUUAGUUUGAUAUUUACCAAAUCAUAAUUGAAAUAUUGAAUCAUGUAUUAUGCAAUUGUAGUAUAUUGAUCUACUCCAAUUUAUGCUUUCUUUGCUUUUUACUGUUAUAAAGUUAUAAUUUAUUUUAAAACUAGUAUUAUAACCCAUCGUAAUCGAUUACAGAGCUUGUUACUCCAAUAAUAGCUACCAGUUUUAGAACAAAAGCAUGCUAUGUUGGUAAAUUAACACAAAGCUCAGUUUCAAAGUUUCGGGAUUCAAGAUGCCCACAUCUGUCCGAUCAAUUUUAUAGUGAAAAUUCAUAAAUUGUGUGUUGACUGAACUGAAAUCACAAUCGAUGCACACGUAAAACAGUUUCUGGUGAGAUAUUGUGAUUAAACGAAACGACAAUUAAACGCCAAUAACUUUUCAAUUCAUUGACACUCAUGUUUCCUUAAGGUUUCAACUUAUGUUAUCAUUAUUUAAUGUAUUAGUGUAAUCUAUGUAAGGAAUCGAAUAAUGAAUAAAACAAAAACAAAGAUUUGCACCAUACAUGCUUAUACUUAUUUUACAGCUGCUAUACUUAUUUUUAACAGCACAACUCCGAGCCUACGUAUAAUAGAAAAAUGAAAUACUGCGAAUACAAAACAAAAUUUAAAAAUUAUGUCAUAUUAGCAAGCUCUUGAAUAAAUUGUACAAAUAAAAAUUUGUAUGGUUUUAUGGUUAGUUCUAUUGUAAAGAUUCACAGAGGAUAAUACUCUAUAGCAGUUCAACAUUCAAAGAAGUAAAGUCAUUAAUAUAUAUGUGGUUACGAGUGAAUUUUUCAAUAUCGAUAGUAGAUGCGUGUAAAUAUUAAAGCGACAAUUAGAGAAAGUAUAUAUACAUACAAAAACAAAUCUGUCUGAUCAACUUAAGCUAAAAGAAUUUUAAGAUGCACAAUUUUUUAGUUAAAUGAAUGAGAGUUUAUUUUUUGUUUCUUACAAAAAAACAUAAAAUAACACGUGUAUUUAAUAAAAAAUUUUAAUGAAAUACUUUUGAUACUUACUAAAAUCAGGAAAAAAAGAACAUUCAUAAGGAUUCGUUAAAUAAAAUAAUUUUUAAUACAAAUAACAUAAUUAUAAUUAUCACUGAUGUUGUUGUAUUAUUAAUUUAGAAGAAUAAAAUGAAAAUUUAAAAAAGUAAGUGAUGCAAGUUACUAAAUUAUUUUCAUCCACGCUCGUUUUGUUUGAAUCCAAACACAUUCUUCCAAAGCAAUAUUUGAUUUUACAUAAUUAAAAUUAUAUGCGUUGCAAACUUUCUUUGUUUACUUUUUAGUGUAAAAGAAUUUUCUUUACAGUUCAUCGGUGAACAAUUACAAUCUGUUUCUGUAAAUAGAUUUUUAUGUUUCCUUUACAUUUAAACUAUUAUAAUCCUUACAUUUGCUUUCGCCUUAAAGUUUAAACGACGAUUGUACAGUAGGUAAUGCGUUUAUGUGAACGUGAACAUUUGUAAUAGUCUGUUUAUAAUGUUAACACUUGGCGAGUUUUUCUUGACCAUUUAGAUAAAGAGCAAAUAUAAAAUAUCAAACGAUUCAACAUUUUCAACUCAUUUACAGAGUAUAAGUAAAACGAAAAUUCGUAAAAAUAUUUUGAAUACAUACAAAUCAUCUAUUUAGUACAAUUUGUUCACGUUGGCAUGAUGAUUAAUAUUUUGUUAUUUCAAAUAGGAAAAGACAAACAAAUUUGUAUUCAAUUUGUAUUAUAUUACUUUUCAAAUGUAGACCUUUCCGUUAAAUUCAUAACAAACCACAAUCUGUCAUAAUUCAACGCACAUCUCGGUGCUUCACAUCACAAAAUUAUUAAAAAAAAAAAAAAAAAAA